AUGACUCUCGUAAAGGAUCUCCUUCAUCCCUCUCCAGAAGAGGAAAAGAGGAAACACACGGAAAAGAGCCUGGUUCAGAGCCCCAAUUCCUACUUUAUGGAUGUGAAAUGCCCGGAAUUCUAUAAAAUCACCAUGAUCUUUAGCCAUGCACAAACGGUAAAGAGCCUGGUUCAGAGCCCCAAUUCCUACUUUAUGGAUGUGAAAUGCCCGGGAUUCUAUAAAAUCACCAUGGUCUUUAGCCAUGCACAAACGGUAGUCUGUCAGCCUACAGGCUAA